CUGUUUGUAUUUGUGUUCCGCGGAAGGAUACUUUCCCUGUAAAACAUAUCUAAGUUUACCUAUUUUUAACCAUUUUAUUGCAGUCCUACCAAUAUCGUUACAAAUUAUGGCUUCUCGCUUUAGUGGUGCGUUACAGUUGACUGACCUUGACGAUUUCAUAACACCAUCGCAAGAAUGCAUAAAACCUGUAAAGGUCGAGAAAUCAAAGACCAAAACUGGUGCAAAGAUAAAGAUAGGAGAAGAUGGAUACUUUGAUGUGUCAAGCGGGAGGGAAGAGAAAUUGAAGAAGGUUGAGAUCACUCUGGCAGACUGCCUGGCUUGUAGCGGAUGUAUCACGUCGGCUGAGAGUGUGCUGGUCACCAAGCAGAGCCAGGAGGAGCUGUUGAGAGUAUUCUCAGAGAGAAAAUAUACAGAUAACAAAGGGGAAACAAAAGAUGUGAGCCUGAUAGUGAUAUCUUUAUCGCCACAGCCAACACUAUCCAUUGCAGCUCGGUACAAGCUGUCCCCUGAGGAAGCCACUCACAAGUUAGCAGGCUACUUCAAGAGCCUGGGUGCCGACUUGGUGCUGGAUAUGACAAUAGCUGAAGACCUUGCACUACUGGAGGCACAACAGGAGUUCCUGCAGCGUUAUCAGAAUCAGCAGACAGACCCCAGCGCUAAGAACCUGCCUAUGCUGGCUAGCUCUUGUCCAGGCUGGGUAUGCUACGCGGAGAAGACACACGGCAACUACAUCCUCCCAUACAUUUCCACCAGCAAAUCCCCACAACAGGUCAUGGGUUCUCUGGUCAAGCAAUACCUCUCCAAGUGCAAGGAGGUGACUCCCGCGGAGGUGUACCAUGUGACCUUCAUGCCGUGCUACGACAAGAAGUUAGAAGCGUCGCGAGAAGACUUCUACUCAGAGAUGCAGAACUGUCACGAUGUUGACUGUGUUAUUACUGCAAUUGAACUGGAACAAAUGCUAGACGUAAGCGGCAAGGUCCUGAAUGACGUCACGGGUGUCGAGUUGGACUGGCCGUGGGGACAAGGUGAUGCGCCCCCCGCGGUGCGGCGGCAUAUAGGCACGGGGUCGGGCGGGUACGCCGACCAUGUGUUCCUGUAUGCGGCACAACAGCUGUUCGGGGAGACUGAUGCCAAGCUUGUUUAUAGGAAUUUAAGAAACCCUGACUUCCGUGAGGUGACGCUCGAGAAGGACGGCAAGGAGGUGCUGCGGUUCGCGGUGGCUAAUGGCUUCCGCAACAUACAGAACUUGGUGCAGAAGCUCAAGCGCGGCAAGUCGCCCUACCACUACGUUGAAGUUAUGGCUUGCCCUUCAGGAUGCCUAAACGGCGGCGCUCAAGUUCGUCCCGUCACCGGCGAGAGUGGACGUGAGCUGGUCGCGCAGCUAGAAGCUAUGUACUCUACCCUGCCCCUCGCGACGCCGGCAGACAACCGCCUGGUUCGACGGCUGUAUGCCGACUGGCUUGAUGGCAGGGACUCUGACAAGGCGAGGGCGGUGCUACAUACUUCCUACCACGCAAUUGACAAGUCAGAUAUAGCCCUUAAUAUUAAAUGGUAGUAUUCCGUAAUAUAUUGUUGCUAGAAGUAGGCGAAUUAAUUGAAGUUUAAAAAACUUUGAUGUUUGACGAAUCCUGGUUUUGGUGGUGCAGCCAGUUGCAUUUAAGGGGAGUGUAGCACUUAGCACGGCUCCAGGACAGAACGUUUAUUACUUACAUUUGACAACCCUUAUGUACGGACGAGCGUAUAUGCGCGAGCCAUCACCGGUUUGAACGAACAUACGAGGAUACGCAAGUAUACGCGCGUCCGUUUUUCUGUGGACUAUUUUAGCAUACGCACUGAAAAAUAGUCAGAGAAUUACCCUUAACAAUUUUACUGAUCUCUAUUUAUUCUAAAAAGUGCGCAACUUUGAAUGCAACUUGCUGUAGACAUGUUAAAUAAAUUAUAAUUUGUUGAUUUAUCCUCCUUGGGCAUAUUAUGUGCACUGGUAUAAAUAGUUAAUGUAUUGGUAAAUAAGUCAGAAGCUAAUGUAAGAAGGAUAAUAAUGUUGUGAUUCUUUCAUUCGGUAAAAAAAUAAUAGGGAAUAUUGCUUCAGAAAUAUCUAUUUUUUAAUGUUUUCUUGCUUAUAAAGCAACUUAUUUUUAUUUAAUUAUGCUUACAGAAUCAAAGUCCAGUGUAAAUAUUUUGUAACCGAAAAUAAAACUGUGUUGUCUUGUUGAGUAUUUAUAGAUACAUAAUAAGUUAAUUACAUACAUAUGUUUGUCUUAGUUGUAAGAAAAGUGAUAUUGUAUGAUUCCUUGCAAUACAAUAACGUGUAAAUAUCACGUUGUAAGUAUGUAACGUAAUUGUAAGAACAAUAUAAGAGCUGUUUGAAA